AUGCCGAGAAGGACCCAGAGCUUCAGCGUCAUCCUGUACGAGGACUGGUGCUGGGUCAACUGGAGGAACGACGUUUCCAUUAUCCAAGGCCCAGACUAUGUGCCUAAAACAUUUCCCAAUAUGAGUCAUCCUCGCCUCUGGAAAACCGGCAAAGCCGGCAGGAAGAGGCCAGAUUGUAAUGGCCAAGACCUUUCCAGGAUCCAUACGAAGACCGAAGCUAGAGACGAAGCAUCCCAGAAACAGGACUUCAGAAAACUCAAAAGAACAUUUCUCGAGCUUGGCAUACAGAUUAUUUUCUCGAAGGCACUGAAGUACCAUCCGGACAUGGUCUCUGUCAACAGACAGAUUAUCCAAAAAGAUGAGAAUGUCAUCCAGAUAGAUGACAACAAAUUGGUUCCGGUAUCUCGGUGCUCAGAUCCCUGUCUACCUGGCAGCAGAAAAAAGUUUGGAUCUUCAAUGCAUAAAUGCUGCUAUGAGUGCGUCUCGUGUCCAGAAGGAGAGAUCUCCAACAUUUCCGACAGUGAAAACUGCAUGAUAUGUCCUGAUGAUGAAUGGCCAAAUGAGAAGAAGGAUCGGUGUGUUGCAAAAUUGGUAGAAUUUCUCUCCUAUACCGAUGAUACAAUUGUUGCAGCAUUUUCAACUGUCUCCAUUCUCUCUUGUCUUCUGACUGGUUUAAUAUUGGGGAUAUUUAUACAUUACCGGGACACCCCCAUUGUUAAAGCUAAUAACCGAAACCUGAGCUAUCUUCUCCUGGUCUCCAUCAUGCUGAGCUUCCUCUGUGUCUUCUUGUUCCUCGGACGUCCAGUAGAUAUAACCUGCAUCCUGCGUGUCACCUCUUUUGGUGUCAUCUUCUCAGUUGCUGUCUCUUCUCUACUUGCCAAAAGUAUCAUGGUGUGUAUUGCUUUUAAAGCCAUCAAACCUGGGAGUCCCUGGAGGAAAUGGAUGGGAGCCAAACUGCCCUAUGGUAUCAUUUGUGUCUUCUCACUGGUUCAAGUCAUAAUCUGUGUCACUUGGUUGUCUAUUUCUCCCCCCUUCCAGGAUCAGGACACUCACUCUUAUCAGGGGAAGAUCAUCAUUCAGUGUAAUGAGGGUUCAGUUAUCGGCUUCUACUCUGUCCUGGCAUAUAUGGGGCUUCUGGCAGCUGUGAGCUUCAUUAUAGCUUUUUUAGCCAGGACAUUACCGGACAGUUUUAAUGAGGCCAAGUACAUCACCUUUAGCAUGCUGGUGUUCUGCAGUGUCUGGAUUGCCAUGAUCCCGGCCUAUCUGAGCACCAGAGGGAAAUACAUGGUGGCUGUGGAGGUCUUUGCUAUAAUAGCAUCAAGUACUGGACUUCUUGGCUGUAUAUUUUUCCACAAAUGUUACAUAAUUCUGUUCAGACCUGACCUGAAUACAAAAAUAGUUAUCCACUAA